GAAGUGUUAUGACAACGUAAACAAUGUCAGUUCAUUCAUCAUUAAUCAACCCCAGUGUCUUUUGAUGUGGUUAGAGAUGAGGAAACGGUACGGUAACCUCGCUCUUCCCUCACAACCACAGCCGUCAACCUCAAAGUUCUCAAAAAGGUUCAAAAUAAACAAUCGCUUGCAACAUCAUGUCUGCAGAGUUAAUUUUCACGAUAUUUUACUUAUUAAUCAGCUUUGGAAUUGUGUAUCCGCCAGAAGAAUUUAUCAGUGCAGGAUUUACGAUAGGAAACUGGUUCGGCAAGCUGCUGGGUUCGGAAGAUGAGAAUUUUAUCCGUUUCCAUAUCAAGAAAUCUAUGUUGAAUUUGGUCGUUUAUUCCUGUCUUCCUAUUAUAUACGUGGCUUUGCUCUACCUAUUAGGCUUUGUAGAUGAGAUUUCCAGUUUAUUUAUCGGUCCCAGCAUUUCCUGGCAAAUAUUUGCAACUUUUAGUAUAGUCGCCCCACUUCUGGCUCUACUCGAAAUCCACCGAUGGUCUAAUAACAAUUUCCAAAAUCACCCGAUAGUGAGAAAUUUAACCAAAUGUUGCAACAACAACACUACAUGGGAAGUUGUGGCCGCAGAUGUAGAAAAUGAAUAUAGAAGACUGGAAAUUGUCACUGUAAAAACGAACCCGAUGACAAAAGCUGUGGUAACAGAAAACUGGAUUAUAAAAGUAACCCUAUUGAACAUGUUCUUAGCGCAUCAAAGUGAUGCAACUGUUAAGCUGUUGGAGGUGAACACAUUCGAUCUGUCCCAUAUAAAUGCGAAUAUAACGCAAUUUUGCAACAUCGAGGUGCAAAGUGCCAGGGUGGGAUCAUUUAUUAUCAGAAUAAAUGCGCUGGAUUUCAGGAACUUGAAAGACAAACUGUCCAGGCGAAUGCAGCUGGUGUUGCCUAACAGCUUUUCCAAAAGUAUAACAGAGCAAUUCAUGGAGGUUUUCAGGGAAACUGUGAAUGAAAAUCCUCGAUAUUCCACAAACAUGGAACUGGAUCAAUGCUUAGGAUGUCUCCAAGCUCGUCCAGGCAUAAAAAUCCAGAAACAAUGUCCAGAUGAAGGCAUACACCCAAUGGAGCAAAAGUGCACCGACUGUUUUUGCCGCCCAAUGUGGUGUCUCGACUGUCUCACCAAAUGGUUUGUGUCCAGACAAGAUAAGGACGAGCAGAACCGCUGGCUGUCCAAAAAAUGCACUUGCCCCAUGUGCAGGGCGACUUUUUGCGUUCUGGACGUUUGCCUAUUGGAGCAGCCACAAGAAUGAACGCUUUUCGCGCUUAAUUCACCAGCAUUCGGCAGGUCAGUGCUUCUAUCCUAUUUGAGCGCAGAUAACGUUUUUUUUUUAUCAACGUCGCCUUUCUUUUAUAUUACCAAACAAAAAUUAAUUGCAUAGAUAGAUAUAGCUAUUUUAUAUAAAUAAAAUUUUAUAAACGCGGUUAACUGUUAACAAAACAAAUAAAUAUUUUUGUGUUUAA